AUGGUGGCCCCCGGCUCCGUGACCAGCCGGCUGGGCUCGGUGUUCCCCUUCCUGCUUGUCCUGGUGGACUUGCAGUACGAAGGUGCGGAAUGUGGAGUAAAUGCAGAUGUUGAGAAACACCUUGAAUUGGGCAAGAAGUUACUGGCAGCGGGGCAGCUCGCUGACGCUUUGUCACAGUUCCAUGCUGCAGUAGACGGUGACCCUGAUAACUACAUUGCUUAUUACCGGAGAGCCACUGUCUUUUUAGCUAUGGGUAAAUCAAAAGCGGCCCUUCCUGACUUAACUCGAGUGAUUGAAUUGAAGAUGGAUUUCACUGCAGCAAGAUUACAGAGAGGCCACUUACUUCUCAAACAGGGAAGACUUGAUGAAGCAGAAGAUGAUUUUAAAAAAGUACUCAAAUCGAAUCCAAGUGAAAACGAAGAAAAGGAAGCCCAGUCUCAGCUGUUAAAAUCGGAUGAAAUGCAGCGCUUACGCUCACAAGCACUGUAUGCUUUUGAGAGUGCAGAUUACGCUGCUGCCGUCACCUUCCUCGAUAGGAUUUUAGAGGUUUGUGUUUGGGAUGCAGAACUGCGGGAGCUUCGAGCUGAGUGCUUUGUAAGAGAAGGAGAACCGCGGAAAGCGAUAAGUGAUUUAAAAAAACUCGACCAGGAUCAUAAAAAGUGCUUUGCACACUAUAAACAAGUAAAGAAACUUCAUAAGCUGAUCGAGUCCGCUGAAGAGCUCAUCCGCGAUGGCAGAUAUGCAGAGGCAAUUAGCAAAUAUGAAUCUGUAAUGAAAACAGAACCAAGUGUUUCUGAAUAUACGAUUCGUUCAAAAGAAAGGAUCUGCCACUGCUUCUCUAAGGAUGAGAAGCCGGUGGAAGCUAUUAGAAUAUGUUCUGAAGUCUUACAGAUGGAACCUGACAAUGUGAAUGCGCUGAAAGACCGAGCGGAGGCCUAUUUAAUAGAAGAAAUGUAUGAUGAAGCUAUUCAGGAUUAUGAAAGUGCUCAGGAACAAAAUGACAACGACCAGGAGAUUCGGGAAGGCCUGGAGAAGGCGCAGCGACUCCUCAAACAGUCACAGAAGAGAGAUUAUUACAAAAUCUUGGGAGUAAAAAGAAAUGCCAAAAAGCAAGAAAUUAUCAAAGCAUACAGAAAAUUAGCAAUGCAGUGGCAUCCAGAUAACUUCCAGAAUGAAGAAGAAAAGAAGAAAGCUGAGAAAAAGUUCAUCGACAUAGCUGCCGCUAAAGAAGUCCUCUCUGACCCAGAAAUGAGGAAAAAGUUUGAUGACGGAGAAGACCCUCUGGAUGCAGAGAGCCAACAAGGCGGUGGCGGUAACCCUUUCCACAGAAGCUGGAACUCGUGGCAGGGAUUCAAUCCCUUCACCUCAGGCGGACCCUUUCAAUUUAAAUUCCACUUCAAUUAA